UGAAAACUUCCUUUUACGCAUCUCCCGGUGGUCAAAGCCGGGCAUCAUUUUAACGCGAUAACGACCAAAUUUCGGGAGAGUUCGGUGUCGGGCGGCUUCAGAACAUCGUGUGAUAAUGGCCGGAGAAAUUUCCAUGAUCGGUUCGGUGAUCCUGGCCCUGUUCCUGGCUGGGUAUCUGGGUCAGCAAUAUUUACCACCCCCCAAACCCAGAGUGAUAGGCCUGGACCUCGGGACCACCUUCUGCUCUGUUGGGGUCUUCCAGCCGGGCAGUGGGGAUGUGGAGAUCAUCGCUGAUGAAGAGGGGAGGAAGAGCAUCCCCAGCGCCGUGUCGUUCACCAACACAGAGGUGCUGGCAGGACACGAAGCCGUGGACCUGGCCGACAGCAACCCUCAAAACACAAUCUACGACUCCAAGAGGUUCAUAGGAAAGAUAUUUGAGGAUGGGGUCCUGGAGCAGGAGAGUGCUCGCUACCCGUUCAAGGUGAUCAACAACAAUGGAAGUGCAGAGUUUCUGAUCUCCACCAACGGCACCUUCACUGUGAGCCCAGAGUUCAUCGGCUCUCGGCUGCUUCUGAAGAUGAGGAAGAUGGCAGAAAAGCAGCUCAACGUGCCCAUUCAGAAGGCUGUCAUCUCUGUGCCUGCAGAGUUUGAUGAGAGGCAGAGGAACUACACUGUGAGGGCUGCCAACCUGGCAGGCCUGGAGAUCUUGCGUGUAAUCAAUGAGCCAACGGCUGCAGCCAUGGCCUACGGCCUGCACAAGGUGGAUGUAUUCAACGUGUUGGUGGUCGACCUCGGAGGAGGGACCCUGGAUGUUUCUCUGCUCAACAAACAGGGAGGCAUGUUUCUCACCAGAGCCAUGGCAGGUAAUAACAAGCUUGGAGGUCAAGACUUCAGCCAGAGGUUGCUGCAGUACGCCACAGAGCGAGUCCGACAGGAGUUUGGUGUCCCCCCUACCCUGAAAGAGGACAUCCACCGCCUCAGACAGGCUGUAGAGGCAGCCAAGCUAAAUCUCACCGUCCACCCCAGCACCACCAUCAGGCUACCGCUGGACCUCCACACCCAUGACAGCUCAGAGUCACCAAAAGACCAGACUCCGGUUCUCUUCCAGUCCGUGAUCACUCGCAAGCUGUUCGAAGAGCUCAACGAGGACCUGUUCCAGAAAAUUCUGGCCCCUGUUGAAACUGUGCUGUCUGAAGGCCACCUGGAGAAGGAGGAGGUGGAUGAGAUCGUUCUGGUUGGAGGGUCCACCAGGAUACCCCGGAUUAGACGGCUGAUCAGCGAGUACUUUGGGAAGGAGCCUAACACUUCGGUAGACCCCGACCUAGCCGUGGUGACAGGUGUGGCCAUUCAGGCCGGCAUCAUGGGCGGCUCUUGGCCCUUACAAGUGAGUGCUAUAGAAAUCCCAAACAGACACCUGCGCAAGACGAACUUUAGCUAAUCUUUACCUGGGUUAAUUAUCUCAAACACAGGGAUGCUUCAGAGACUGGCUAGCUAUUCCUAACUGCUCCUUGCUUUUGUUCUGCACUUCAUAGAAAUCUAAGGUUGUUCAGCCUGACCUCUAAGGGGAUUGAAGCUGACGUGACAGUUUCAUUUUCACACCAAUGUUCCUCUUCACUUUGUGUUUCCUGGAACCAUCUAUAGAAGUGAACAAACCCGUUUUUACAGGGAAAGCUGCUGCUGUUGCACACAAACCCGUGAGAUGCUGGUAAACGGUGACGUAAUCCCAUGAAGGCUGAAGUCUUUUGUUGAUCUCCAUGAAGCUUCAUUUUUGAAGCUUGUACGUGGUAGACAAUGUUCAAAUCAGGGAACGAUCAUUCUGACAAAUUACUUAAUAACUCUCCAGUUCAGCCUCAUUUAUUUAUUUAUUUAUUUAUUGCCAGUGUGUGUUUGUGUGUCAGAGAGAGAGCAUGCCUUAUGCAAAUGUUUGCUGGCCUUUAAUAUUUUUUAAGAAAACUUAAUCCAUCAUUUCCAUGCAGUGUUCAUGUGACAGAAAAAAAGACAAUGUUUAUGGUUUGACCCCGUUUAUACCUUGCAUUAAGAUCUGUUUUGGGCAUUCAGAUACCAAGUGGUAAUCCUUAACACUCUGGGUGUUAUCAGGGUCAAACCGUUUGACUCUGAUGAAGACGCAGUGCGCGUCGAAACGUUAGUCCUCUGCACCUGAUUAAACGUCAUCAAGUGAUUCGUGUGCUCCAGUUUCUUCAUUGGGUUUACCUGGUUUACCCACUGAAACACCUCUGUUUGUUGCUGGUCCUUCUGUGAGCACCGACCUCCACUAGUGGAGGGGCUGAAGCGCAAGAGACUCUCUUACCAGUAGUGGAGCACUAGGCUAUAUUAGGGUGCAUAAGACUGAUUAAUCACUAAUUUCCCUUUUUCACCAUCAUUAUAACAUGGCUAACAUGGUAUAACACGGUUUUCACAGCACAAAAAUGCUUUGUUAGCUCAGUUAUGUUAUAACUAUUGAGAAUUCAGUGAAAUUUAGCAACCACAGCCUUGAAUUUCUCACAUAUUAAUGAGAAUGAUGCUGCACAUCUUGCAUCCAUGUAGGAAAGUUUAUUUAAAAGAAAAUUAUAUAUUUAAACAUUUACAGAAUUAAAAGCAUGAUUUUAUCUGACAGAAUAUUCAAUUUCUAAACUGCUUAUCUAGUGAGGGAAGCUGUUGCUACCUGCUUUUUUUUUUAAACUGAGGAGUCUUUUUUAACUGAGAAGAGCAACCCAUCUGGGCACUUUGCCCAAAGGAUGCCAGCUCCUCUCAUUCCUGAGUGAAAAUUCCAUAAAAAUGAAUGGCAGUCAAUGGGAAAGACUGGAUCAUAAGGGAUUUAGAAGCUUAAAGUAUGAAAUCUUAAGGCGCUGCUAGCUUCUCAGCUUGUGGCUUAUUGGCUCCACUUUGUUUGCCUGCUGCUUCACUGCACAUUGCAUGCUGGGAUACUGUGCCACAGACUAACAGUUAGUUUGGUAUUUAAAUGCCCAAAACAGAUGUUAAUGCUAAAUGUAAACAGGGUCUAAAAAGUGUGUGUGUGUGCCCCCUUUAGGGCUCUGGAUGGAGUCAGAGUUGAUUUAAUGCCCUUUGGAAGUCAGUGCCAAGAUGCAGUCAUGCACCAUUAAUCUCAGAUAGACUCAAUGCAGUACGUAGUCAUGAUUACGGAUUCUUAACAAGCUGCAUUUUUGGUUAAAGCCUCACAGCUCAUGCUUCACUGUAAAUGAUGCAGGCUGCAGUCAGUGAAAGCGGAGUCAUAAUCAGUGCUGCACUUUGAGAAUGUCCAGGUAUUGUCCAACUUUUUAAUAUAACUUCCUGCUUUUGCUGCUGUAGGUAGAGAAGGUUAACUUAAGUAGUGUCAUGUUAGGACCAAAGCAUUGCUUACUGGUGCCUUCUGUGUUUAAUAUUGAGAAAUGCAUUACUGUCAGAUCACGUUGAUUGUUAGAUGGACUCGAUCCAUUGUUUGUGGCCUCAAAUGUGACGGUAAAAUAACUUAAUUUGAUAAAAAGAUUAUUUCAUUCUAUAUUUUUGGUUCACAGCAUGAUUUAUUUCACCAGUAUGAAAAUGUGUUGUUGGGAAAGAUUAAGCCAAUGACUUAUUCACUCAGUGAUCACUUUAUUGGGUAUAGCUGUUCAGCUGCUCACUAACAGAAAAAUCUAUUCAGCCAAUCUUGUGGCAGUGAAUAAUGUAUUUAGGCAUUUAGACUUGGUCAGGAGCGGGGAAGAAAGGUUGUUUAUCUGCCAUGGUUGGUGCCAGACGGACUGGUCUGAGUGUUUACUGGGAUUUUCAUGCACAACCAUCUCUAGAGUUUACAGAGAAUUGUGAGAGAAAGAGAAUACCCAGUGAGUGGCCGUUCUCUGGGAUGAAAUACCUUUUUGAGAGGAGGAUAACCAGACUACAACCAUAACCCAAUCACUCAUUACAACCAAGCAACUUCUGCUGAAAAUGUAGAACCUUGAAGCAAAUGGGUGAUCUGUAAAUGAAAUUUCCUUCUGGGAUCAGUGUUAUCUGAAAUUUGCUACAGCAGGAUAAGACUACACUGGGUGUCCCUCCUGUCAGUUAAGAACAGGAAACUGAGGCUACAGGUCACAGAGGCUACCAGAUUAGACAGUGAGAAAGCAUUACCUGGUCUGAUGAGGUUCAAUUACUGCUGCAAUAUUCAGAAUCUGGUGCUGAAAGCAUAAAAGCACAGACCUUUACUGUCUUGUAUCAGCGGUUCAGGCUGCUGGUGGUGUAAUUGGCUUCUUAUUACCAGCUAAGCAUUUUUUAAGUACCACAGCUUACUAGAGCAUUGUCCACGUCCAUCCCUCUAUUAACAGUGUACCAUCCUCUGAUGGCUACUUCCUGCAGGAUAAUGCACCAUGUCACAAAACUCAAAUCAUCUUAAUUUUUCUUUUUUUUUUUUUUACAUCACAGUGGGUUCCCUCUAUUUAAAUGGCACAGGAACGGGAAAUUUGAAUCAUGGAUGUACAGCUGACAAAGCUACAGCAGCUCUGUGACGCUGCGGUUUUGAUAAUGACCAUAAACUUUGGGGAAUGUUUCCAGCACUUUCUGAAUCUCUAUCAGAAGAAUUAAGGCACAUUUCUAGGCAAAAGGGAGUCCAACUAGAAGGUGUACCUAAUAAAGUGAUCAGAGGGUACUUUCUCUAACAUGAACUCAACUGCCUACAUUCCUUUGAGAAAAUGUCUUUUUUUUUGCCAAAUAUUCCUGUGAAAUGUCAUGUCUUUUUUUAAUUUUAUGACUUGAGUAUAUAAUAUUAAUACAUGUGCUAUAGAUUAUUUAAUGAGGCAAAUUCUAUUUGCCUAUAAGCUGUAUAAAUCAUUUAUUGAAACAGAGAUAACUUCUCUUAGGAUUGUUUUUAUUGUAACUAAUUGAAAGUUAAAAGACCGUAACAGAAUUAAACUGUUCUCAUCUUUCCACAAAUUAAAAAGCCCAUUUGUCA